GUAGCUAAUUCCGUUUAUACCGGCCGGCAAAGCUGUUGCAACGUGCAAUAUCUGACGAUCAGCUGUCUACCAAUUCAACGAACUCACAAUGUCGUUUACUUUAAAUUCCGUUUUAAUUACUGACGAAAUUGACCAGAAAUGCCUCGAUGUUCUGAAGAGUAAUGGCAUCAAUGUCGUCAAGAACACAAAGCUGUCCAAGGACGAACUGCUUGUGGAAAUUGCGAAGUAUGAUGGCCUUGUGGUUCGAUCUGCCACCAAGGUGACAGCUGAUGUAAUUGAGGCAGCCACCAACCUGAAGAUUAUUGGUCGGGCUGGGACAGGGGUGGACAACAUUGACUGUGAUGCUGCAUCCCGUAAAGGCAUCAUUGUUAUGAACACACCUGGAGGGAACACACUUAGUGCAGCAGAACACACAUGUGCCCUGAUAUGUGCAUCAUCCAGACAUGUACACCAAGGUGACCGUGCGAUGAAGGGAGAGAACUGGGGAGAGCGUAAGAAGCUGAUGGGGUCCGAGUUGUAUGGUAAAACUCUCGCCAUUAUUGGUCUUGGACGUAUCGGGAAGGAAGUGGCUCUCAGAAUGCAGUCCUUUGGUAUGACGACAAUAGGAUUUGACCCCAUCAUCCCAGGGUCAGUGAGUGCAGAGUUCGAUGUUGAGUGGAUGAAGCUGGAGGAUAUCUGGCCAAAGGCAGACUACAUCACAGUACACACACCUUUGAUUCCUCAGACAAGAAAUCUCAUCAAUGACAAGGUUUUCUCCCUGUGUAAGCGUGGUGUGCGAGUGAUCAACGUUGCCAGAGGUGGUAUUAUAGAGGAGGAAGCCCUACUCCGCGCCCUCGAGUCUGGACAGUGUGGUGGUGCUGGCAUAGAUGUGUACAGUUCAGAACCUCCAAAGGACUUCAGCUUGGCCAAACACAAGAAUGUGGUGGCCACACCUCACCUGGGUGCCAGCACAGUGGAGGCCCAGCAGCGAGUGGCUGUCGAGAUCGCAGAACAGUUUGUUGAUCUGGUCCAGGGGAAGAAACUCUUCGGUGCUGUGAACGCCCCUGCCCUAACCAAUGCUAUGGAUGUAAAUACCCUGCCCUGGAUAGAACUUGGCAAGAAACUGGGUGUAGUGGCAGCAGCUGUGAACGACCAAAACCAACAGUUCAGCGUUGUGUUGUAUGGUUCCACCCUCGGCAAGUCAGCUGGCUCCUACAUGACCGCGGCUGUGCUGUCAGGACUUAUUCAAAACUCAUCAUUCCUUGGAGCAGGUGACAGUAGCAAACUUAACCUCGUCAGUGCUCCAGCUCUUGCCAAGCAGUACGGCAUCAAUUCUACUAGUACAUACGAGGAAAAGGCUCCAGCCCCUUACAAUGCCCUAGUGAGUGUUGUAUUCAGUAACGGAUUCCGUGUGUCGGGGACCACAUCUGGGGGCCAAGCUUUGUUGGUAGAAAUCCAGAACCAGACAUUCUCCUCACCUGCUUGUCUCUGUGCUCCGGUCAUUAUCUUCCGUGGAAACUCCAACUCUCAGCUAAUCCCCUCAGUAGCAGGUGCCUUGGCUGGAGCAGGUGUGACGAUAACGAGUCUGAACACAUCAUCGGAGACUGACGGACAGAAAUGGGGAGUGGCCACCUUUGCUACAACUCCCUCGGAGGGCUGUCUCGAGGCACUCAAGUCGCUUGUCACAGCAGCCCGACUCAUUGUCUUGUAGUCACAUGAACAACACCGUACAGGAUACACCUAGUGCAUUUUUGUCUGCAUUUGUUGACCGACACCCUCAGCUUGACUUCAGAAAAUGGGGUACUAUGACAACAUCUUUUUCAAUGUCAUGUUGAAAAAUCUUUUUUAAGGGCAUUGAACAAGUUGGUGUGUUGUGAAUUUCCAUGUUUAUAUAUGGGCAUUGAUCUGUUAAAGCAAGUCACCUUUCAACCAGCACUCGUUCUGUCACAAAACAAUUCAAUAUCGUCUGUAAAGUAAGACAUCGUUCUUCAUCAGUAAAAUAAAAAAAAUAUUAAAUCUAGGGCAAAAGUGCAAGACAACCCCAUUUGUAACUGUUGCUGGACGAGUGUGGGAGAUAAAGUGUUUAUAUGAAAUUUAUUUCUUGGUUUAUCCUUAAUGUUAAUAUAUGAAUUUAAUUCCUCGGCCAAUCCUUCAUGUUGAGGAAUAUCACGAUCUGCUGGUCAUCUUCAUUCCACAUCCUUAUCUCUAAAGACAGUGAAACCUGACUUUCCUGACAUUGUACGGGACUGAGACAAUGUGUCGGAUUUGACAGUGUGUCAGUUAAGUCGCCAUUUUCAUUGGAGAUGGUCAGACGUCACAGGAUGUUGUUUAAGUCAGGUUUCACUGUAGUCAAAGUUCACUUGAGAACUAAUGGUUGUGUAACUGUUUAGAACUAACAGUUGUCUGACUGUUUGAUUUACAUUGUGUUGAGAUACCCAUUGUAGACCAUUUUUGUUCGAAAAAAAAAACUGAUUAUUUCACCAUCAUUUUGUAAGCAUGAUUCAUGUAUAUGUUUCGUCCGUCCGUACUAAUGUAACUACUAAUGUCUAAUAAAGUGCUGGAUAGAAUGAACAAAUUUUCAAUUCUCAAGAAAAGAAAGGUAUUUGGAUGUUAUCGUUAAGUUGAAAAUGAAAGUGGAUAUUGAGGGCAUAGUCCUGAUUGAAAAAAAUGAGAUUUCAUGGCAAACCAAUUAAAAGUUGCCAGUAAAAUUUAAGUUCUGCAUUUCAUUUUCAAAUUAUUUUAUAAUACGUGGAUCUCACAAUUUUUUGACGAUUGUCAUAUGAAUAUGGCUCAUUUAUUUGGCCAAUGAGAAUCUCUGUCCCAUUUAUCAGAAUCUCAAACCUACCAAUCGGAAUCUUUGAUGAGGUUACAGUAUACCAGAAAAUGUUAGCCCAGUAAAAUUCUUGGUAUUGCUAUUACUACCGUUAUUUUUGUCCCCAACAUCGUGCAAAAAUUCCAAGGCCAAAGUCAUCACAGCAGUGACUACCACCAGAUACAUCAGCAGCUACUAAUGGCCUUUAUUACUGUAUAUGUCACUGCUGUGAUGACUUUGGCCUUGGAAUUUUUGCGGGUGAAAAUAAAAGUUGACGGGACAUUUUCUGGUAUACAUCUAGUUCUAGUAUUUACUGUUACAUUUGAUGUUUAUCAAAAAUAUUUAAGCUAGUAUUUCCAAAUGUCACAAAAAAUUCACAUUUAAUAACAAUAUCAGAACUGGGAAAAUUGUUUUGAUAAAAUUGUAUUAUAUACCCGUCUAUAGCGACUGACAUUUAUAUUUUGGCCGCUAUAGACUAGUUUGAUUGUACAAGUAUUUUUAUUGGUUGGUUAGUGAUAUUACUAAACUAGCUAAACACUUUGUAUGGUUAGCUACAAUUUAAAUUUAUAAUUAUCGUCAUAUAUGUUAGCUUUAUUUUGAUAUCUUGCAAAUAAAACCGAUUAUUUUGUUGACACAAUAAUGAUGAUUAAAACAGUAAAAGAUUAUU